AUGCCUAAAACAAAAUUCUAUGAUGCGUUUACAGCACUACAUCCCAAUCUUUUCAGUACUCGUGACGAAGAGUUUCACAAGAUGCGAAGACGUCAGAUGUCGCACAGUUUCUCUAUGGCAACGCUACUCAAGUUCGAGGGUAGAUUUGGAAAGCAUUUACACCGCUUGUUCGCUAAUCUCGAGCAGCAGCCAGAGGGACAAGUCUUUGAUCUGAAACAGAGUGUCGCAUGCUAUGCAUACGACGUUAUAAGUGACCUAGCAUUCGAAAAGGAUCUCAACACCCAGAGCAACCCAGCGGCUAAUGAGUUGCCGCCAAUUCCUGACCAUAUCCUCAUUGGCACAAUGUAUGGCAUGGUAUCGUCUCUCCUUCCUUAUAGCAUUCGAAUUGGAAACAAACUACCCAUUCCGAGUCUUCAAAAGCUGCUUCAGUCGCGAAAACUGCUUAGCCAGAAAGCUUCUGAGUACGUCAAUACUGCUAUUGAGAAUCACAAGGCAGGAGAGAAAGAAACUCUGCUGGACAAUCUUCUAGAGGCAAAAGAUCCCUCAACAGGAGCACCAUUGACGCCAGCAGAGGUUAGCUCAGAGGCCUUUGCCUUUUUGGUUGCAGGAGCACAUACCACAUCUGCCACACUCGGCCUUCUAUUUUAUCACCUCCUCCAUAACCGAUACGCCGCCGAGAAACUCACGGAAGAACUCAACGCAAAUGUGCCCCUAUAUAACGAAGGCGGUAAAGAAAUUUCAUAUUCGGGACUCGAGAGCAAACUACCGUAUACCAUGGCAUGCAUCAAGGAGAGCUUCCGCAUCACGCCGGUCUUUACAAUGCCCUUACCCCGACUUGUUACAGACCCCAAUGGCGUUGACAUACACGGUUUCCAUAUUCCACAGGGGACCACCGUUUCAAUGAUAUCACAGGCUCUACAUCAUGACCCGCAAUUCUGGGGCGGCGAUCAUGACCAGUAUAUUCCUGAAAGAUGGCUUGAAGAAGCUAUUUCGUUCAAUGAGAUAAUGCCUUUUGGCAUUGGACACCGAGCUUGCAUUGGAAGAAACAUUGCCAGCAUCAAUAUUCUCAAAGUACUGUGUGCUCUUUGGCGCAACUUUGAGAUUGUUCCAGUAAACAAAUACGAAAAAUUAGAGAUCAAUAGCCUAGGUGUUGAUGAGAAGAAAGGGCCGCUCUUAUGUACAGUACGAAAGCGACAGAUGUAG